GACAUCUGUCGAGUGUAAGUUGAGUGUUGACUGCCAAGUACCCCGUUUAUACUACUAUAAUAGUAUUUUAUUUAUAAAUUAUGCUUCAAACUCUACUUUUAUUUAAGUUUAACGAUUUCCUUAUUUAGUUUCUAAGUUUCAAGGUUAUAUCACUUAAUAUUAAAAUGACUAGUUUUAGAACCUUACCUACAUUUUUAUGUUAGUGUAAUAUACACUAUUGUAUAUUUAAAAAUCUAUCAUGAAGUAUUCGUACCUACUGAUUCGAUCGCUAACUCAAAUAUAUUUACAAAAAUAUAGCAUUUAACCCAUCCUAGACUUAUAAUAAUUAAAAAUGGCUGUUUAUUUAACGAAAAGUAUGAUGUCUAGAUUAAAUAAAGUUACAUAUCCGAGUACGACUUCUAUCGAAGGCGAAACUAGCCAUUACAGUGAUCAAUGGGAAAAACUUACGAUGGACAGUAACAUAGGUGUCAAAUUAUCAAAGGAAAUGAUCUGUAGAGUCUGUGCAAGAAAUGGUUGUACACCAUUGAGUAGCAAAAUCAGUGAUUGUGAUAUUAUGGGAGCUAUUCGCAGUGUCACUAAUAUAACUAUAAAUGCAGAUGACUCUUUACCAAAAUAUAUAUGUACUGAAUGUCUUGAAUCAUUAAAGAUAGCAAUGAGGUUUAAAAAAAACUGUGAAGUAUCUGAUAAGAGAUUCCGGAAAAUAUUAAACCCUAUGGGUGACCCUUUAUUACAUUCAUACCCUUAUUCAAAACAUGAUUUUCAAUUAAUAUUGCACCAAAUGAAAUUGAAACGAAUGGAAACUGAAGAAAAGGCUGAGAAAGAAAGGAGAAGAAGAGAAAGACUGAUGCAAAAGAAAGAUCCCAAAACAAAAGAGUUUAAGUGUUCACCGUGUGAUAUGAUAUUUCCCAAUAAAGAAAAGUUAGUGGCCCACCGACGUGAGAGACAGUGCAUGAGGCGUGCUUGUGAUAUAUGUGGGCAGCUUGUGCGCAGCAUUGCACAGCAUAUGCGACACAACCAUGAGCAAAAUGUAGUGCACAAGUGCCCUACUUGUGGCAAGGAGUUCCCUAUCAUCGCAAGACUUAAGAACCAUAUGUUAGUGCACACAAACACCUUCAACUUCUUUUGUGACCUGUGUCCGUACAAGUGCAAACACAAGUACUACCUGGUGAUGCACAUGCGAACGCAUACAGGCGAGAAGCCUUAUAAGUGUGCACAAUGCCCUGCCACAUUCGUCAACCCCUCUAACCUCAACAAACACAAGCUGACACAUCAGGAGAAGCAGUUUAAGUGCAUGCUGUGCGAGAAGGCGUUCCGCACGGGCACGGCGCUGUGGGAGCACCACGACGCCAAGCACAUGAACAUCAAGCACACCUGCACCUACUGUGGGAGAGACUUCUGCUACAAAUCAGAUCUACGAAAGCAUGAAAUCCGCAAUCACAAUCGUGUGAAGCGAGAUUACAUCGGUGGCGAACCGACGUACAAGCAACUUGAGAGACUUCAGAAGAUGCAAGAAGAUCAGGAUGCGCUCGAAAAGUGGCGCCAACAGCAGAUAGUGGGCGCGCAGCCGCAGCAGCCCACCUUCAUCGACCAGUCGAAAGAUUUCAUACAAACAUCACAUUCUAUGUAUGUUUCUGAUGUGACACAAAUCAUACAACAGCCGACUAUUGCCCAGCAGCAGACUGUUCAGCUUGCUAUGCCUGAUUUGACGUUGAAGAAGGAUGAAGUGAAAAUGUAUGAUGCUCAAGGAAUGGCGUAUUUUUAAAGUUUUACUAAUCCAAGGCGUGAAGUUUUGAAAAUUACUUGAGUUGUAUAAGUUCAAAUAAUUGACUAAUGUAAAUUGAAUAGUGUGCCAUUGCAACUUUAAAACCACGGUUUUCGUAUUAUAAAUGUUAUCGUUGGUAUUAC